AUGGAUUUCGACGCUUUAUUCAACGAGAAGACAUUUCAGUUCUCGGACUUCCAGGAGUUUACGUUUCUUCCUGGACACCAGAGGCUGACAGACAGAGUGAGGAAGCGCCUGUACUAUGGUCUGGACAAAGACAUCUCUUUAGAUGCCCUCUCUUGCCCUGUUACAGAUAUCGCUGUGGAAAUCUUCCAGAAGUCUGCCCCAAGCCCCAUCAGAAAGCUCCAGAAGAAAUAUGCUGCACAUGUUUCCAGGGAAGCUUGCAUCUCUCCGUGUGCCAUGAUGCUGGCUCUUGUUUACAUUGAAAGGCUCCGACAUAGAAACCCUGAAUACCUACAAAAGAUCUCCUCCUCUGACCUCUUCCUGAUCUCCAUGAUGGUUGCCAGCAAGUACCUGUAUGACGAAGGAGAGGAAGAAGAGGUUUUCAACGACGAGUGGGGAGCAGCUGGGAAGUUGGACGUGAAAACGGUCAAUAACCUGGAGAUGAACUUCUUGAAUGCCAUCGAGUGGAGCCUCUUCACGGAGCCAAAUGACUUAUUUGAUAUACUAAGUCAAGUGGAAACCAGCAUUGCAGAGCGGCAGGGAAUGAAGCGCGGCUGGUUCACCUACACCGACCUCUGUGUGCUUCUGGAACAAUCAGCCUGGAGCCAAGCCCUCGCAGCCAUCUGCCAGCACUUCACCAAGGUGUCCUGUAUGCUCGGCCUGGUGUAUCUGACCAGUGUUGCCGGGCUCAUCGCCACCAGCGCCGUGCUGCACCAGCUCAGUCUCUCCAGGAGCGGACAGGCCCUGCGUCCAGCUGACAUUAUCCCAGACCUCAAGACCCCCGACCUCAAUGAGAAAGCUUCUCCUGCAGCCCCGCGCAUCCCCUGUUGUGUUCUCGCUAACAAGAGUGAGAACCGUCAGACCGGGACACUUGGAAUCAACCAGGAAGAAGAGCACAGUCCACCACCUGUUACCUCCCAGACGUCAGUGUUGUGUCUCUGGGGGUCCCUCCUCGCCUCAAUGGGUCACAUACAUCCUGAAACUGAUCCUGGUCCUCCCCAGACCUGGUCUCCCGUCUCCUUCUUCUGUCCCGGCUGUCUGGCGUCCCUUCCUCGUCUCGAGUGCGGGCUUAGAAACACCUCAACAAUCUUUACUCACGACCCCCUUGAUAACCAUGCAUCGUGGCUCCUUGGACGGGCCGAGCCGGGUCUGAACUCUCGCCUGUUUCCCCCUCUACAGCUGGGACCCUGUCGUCCUGCAGAGACUAUGCUGCCUGUCGAUAAAGCUCAAGCUCUGCUCAUGCCCGGGUAGUGACAGGAGACAUGGCUGCUGUGGACCUGUAGUGACGGACUCUGGAAAUGAAACCAGCAUUCUACUCAUGACUCUGUUUGACGUCAGGUUUUUGUUUACUUUUCCAGAUCUAGAAUACAGGUGCAAAGGAGAGAGGUAUGAGGCACAGAAGGAGUGAGGUGGUGGAAGUUCACUUACAGCAUAGCACUGCAGAAUACAUUUGCCAUAAGUAAAAUGCCAUAGUGUUCCCUUAGUUCUCUGCAACUGGUUUUAAAUGCAGGAAUUUCCAGAUAGUUUGUUUUUCAUUGGCUGCAACCAAACUGUUUUGCUAAGCUUUUUAAUAUUGUUUGGAAGUUCAGAUCUGCCAGGUGGUGAUACAGGGCCUUUGUGAUGGGUGUGGUGUUUUUGAGUUAUUAUAUUACAGCUGAAAUAUUAAGGCUGCUUGUUACUAGGCAAGUUCAUGGAAGUGUUCGGAGGUUUCGCAGCGUAUCUGAAAGUUGAGUUGUUAUUUUAAAUUUGCUCCGUGAGAAGAAGGGAUUAAACCAGUUUACUUUUGCUUAUCCAUAUUUGCCUAGUUUUACCAUCUAUUUGUCAUGUAUGCAACGGGAGCUUUACAUCAAACACUGAUUUUAUAAACCAGAUUUGACUUAGUUUGUAAAACAAGUUGUCUCCCAUCUUUGUAAACUCUCCCCUUUUAUUCAAGAGGAAGCGUCAAAGAAAGGAAAAAGACCAUUUGAAUGCAACGUCUCCAUACCUCAGUGUACCUUACUCUGGUCAUUUAUAGCUUAUAAACCUUCCAGAUUCUAUAUAGCAACAGGAUGUCACACAACCUUAAUGCCAUGUGUAACAGGGUAAUGUAGCCACAUUUAAGAGAUUAGCCUACAUGGGAAAAGUCUGUAUACAUACGAUGGGUUUCAUGGACGCAAUUUCUGCCGGGUGCUUCUGAAGAUAACAUUUUGAAUAGAACAUGUUACAAGCUAGCAGCAGAAGUGUUUCUCUGUUGAUGCAGUCUGAACUUUGCACAUCUGGCUCCAUUUUCACUGCAACAGGACAUUUCACUCCAUUAUAACAGCAGUGUGUAUUUUGAACACCGGAGGAAAAUGUGAAGAAUCCGUUUUGUUUUCAUGUACAGUUAUACACAGUCCCCAGGACAUACACUUUGUAAUUGAUACUUCGAUAAAAUCGCUCUGGACAUCGGAAUUUGAUACAGCACGAAGUCCUUUAAUUUUGUACAUGGUGUAAAAUGCAAAUAUUGUACAAAUCUGUAGAAAUAAUAAAAGAUGCAUUUCUUUGGGA